AUGGCCAAAAGAAGCUGCGAACACGGCGCGGCGGGUGAGGCUGAAUGGCUUCGGCAUUUGGUUGUCGAUCUUCAAGCGCGAUCCGGGAUUAUCCACGAUGCAUGGAGGGGUUCGAUGAUGCGCCCAGAACUGCAAUUCCAUCUUUUCUCCGACCAACAUCCUCCAGAAUCGCUCUUGGGGUCAAUUCGAGGCGAGCAACGUCGAGGUACUCAGCAGAGGAUUGCCGAGGAUGCCGAAGGCCGGAUGGUCGGACACGAGCGUUCGAUUUGCGACUGCGGCUGCGGUUGCGGAUGCGACUGCGAGAAUGCGACGGCGGAGGGGAAGAGGAGUAAAGGCAGAGAGAGAGGUAGGAAGAAACAGUGA